AUGGGCCUAUUUUCGAGGAAGGACAAAGCCUCCAAGGCGGCCAGCAAUCCACCGCCGACCCAACCGACGCAACCAACGCUUUCGAGCUCGCAGUCGAAAUCGUCUCUCACGUCGGGUUCGUCGAGCAAUAUCACCCCCAUAAACACAAGCGCUCGCAUUAUGAACCGGACAUCAGCGGGCACCACCAGCACCAUGGGCGGCCCAGGGACCCCGCUCACGCCUUUCUCUCCCGGCCCAAUUCCCAACAUCGCGAUGCCGAGGCCGCCAGACCCGCAACUCGAUCCUGCGGGCUACCUACGCAGCUUGAACUCGGUCCGAGAACGGUGCAGGAUCGUGACGGAGAAGGCGCGCAGAAAUGAGCUGCGACAUUUCGACGUGGAUAUGCAAAAGUUUCCGGACGUUGUAUCGUUCGUUGCAAACAUCAUCAAGCGUGACUACGAUGCUCCUUUUACGACCAUCCCCCCGCAUGGCCGCUACCAGCAUUUCGGUGUGGGUGGCCGGGACAGAAUCGCCCACCUGUUGGCGACGUGGUCGGAGGAGGUUGAUAUGACGGAAAAAUGCAAGCGGAUGAUCGAUCUCUUCCUCGUCAGCGUGCUGUUGGAUGCCGGCGCUGGCACGGAAUGGAGUUACAGGAGCGCCGAGAAUGGUCGUGUCUACAGGCGGUCUGAGGGCAUUGCUGUUGCGACUUUGGAUAUGUUCAAGGCUGGGCUUUUUUCCAGCAGCAAGACCAACAAGUACCAGGUCGACAAGGAUGCCCUACGGGAGUUGACCGUGGAGCAGCUCGCCCAGGGGCUGCAGUCCAAGCCGGGAAAUGAAAUGGCGGGCCUUGAAGGCAGAGCACAGCUUCUAAUCCGUCUUGGGGCGGCCCUAGAACAAAGCAAGGAGUUCUUCGGCGAGGAUGGCCGGCCGGGCAACAUGCUUGACCAUAUUCUCUCCCACCCGGCAACGCAGGCUUCCAGCGUCAUAAUCGUCCCGAUACCCGUACUGUGGAACGUCCUCAUGAACGGUCUCGCCCCGAUCUGGCCGCCUUCCCGGACAGCUAUCAACGGCGUUUCCCUGGGUGACGCCUGGCCAUGCAGUUCGAUGCCGCAACCCGCCCAAUCACCCACCAGCCCGACGUUCUCUCCCUUCCCCAAUACAACUGGCCAAUCCAACGGUGUCGCACCAUGGGAGAGUAUUCUUCCCUUCCACAAGCUCACCCAGUGGCUCACGUACUCUCUCAUGCAGCCCAUGCAGAGCAUCAUGAAGAUCCAGUUCGCCGGUCAGGAGCUGCUCACCGGGCUGCCCGAGUACCGGAAUGGCGGGCUAUUCGUUGACCUCGGCGUCCUGACGCUCAAGCCCGAGGAUCAGGAACGCGGCCUGCAGCACUACACCGAGUACUGCCAGCGCACCGGGACCUCGGGUGUCGAGGUGGCGCCAAUGUUCGAGCCCGGCGACGAUGUCAUUGUCGAGUGGCGGGGUGUCACGGUGGGGUUCUUGGAUAUGUUGACGGUCGAGGUUAAUCAGGCGUUGAAGGACGAGUUGGCUGGACACGAGUUGAGUUUGGCGCAGGUCCUGGAGGCAGGGAGCUGGAAGGGAGGCAGAGAGAUCGCUGAAGUUAGCCGGCCGAAUACCAAGGAGCCGCCUAUUUUGAUCGAUAGUGAUGGGACGGUGUUUUAG